GUGAGUCGCGGGUCCUCCGGGCAGCCUCUGGGGAAUGUUGAGAGGUGGCAGCAUGACGGCGGAGCUGGGAGUCGGGUUCGCGCUGCGGGCGGUGAACGAGCGAGUGCAGCAGAGUGUGGCGCGGCGGCCGCGGGAUCUCCCAGCCGUCCAACCCCGGCUCGUCGCCGUCAGCAAAACAAAACCUGCAGACAUGGUGAUCGAGGCCUAUGGCCACGGCCAGCGCACUUUUGGAGAGAACUAUGUUCAGGAACUACUAGAAAAAGCAUCAAACCCUAAGAUUCUGUCUUCCUGUCCCGAGAUCAAGUGGCACUUCAUUGGUCAUUUACAGAAACAAAACGUCAACAAACUGAUGGCCGUCCCCAACCUCUCUAUGCUGGAAACCGUAGACUCCAUGAAGCUGGCAGACAAGGUGAACAGCUCCUGGCAGAAGAAAGGUUCUACGGAACCACUGAAGGUGAUGGUCCAGAUUAACACCAGUGGAGAGGACAGUAAACACGGCCUGCUGCCUUCGGAGACCAUAGCCGUCGUGGAACACAUAAAGGCCAGUUGUCCCAGCCUGGAGUUUGUGGGUCUCAUGACCAUAGGAAGCUUUGGACAUGAUCUAAGUCAAGGACCAAACCCAGACUUCCAGAGGUUGCUGUCCCUGCGGCGGGAGCUGUGCGAGAAGCUCAGCAUUCCAGUGGAGCAGGUGGAGCUUAGCAUGGGCAUGUCCAUGGACUUCCAGCAUGCUAUUGAAGUAGGAUCGACGAACGUCCGGAUAGGGAGCACUAUUUUUGGAGAGCGGGACUACUCAAAGAAGCCUACCCUAGACAAGACCACGGCGGACGCGAAGGCCUCGGUGCCACUGGUGCAAGGACACUGAGGCCAGGCCAGCUCAGGGUCAACCAUGCACAUUCGGUGUCCACAUGUCCCCAGUCACACUCUUCCGUGGCCUGUGUAGAGCGCUGAGGAUUACACGUGUUGAUGGAAACCACCCGUGCUUAGCUUCGGCUAUAGGAAGCUCCGUUCAAGCAGUGACUUAGGCUGGGGUUUGAAGAGUUGCAAGACUUCGGAACCGACACCAAAUUAGGAGCCAGGACCUGAGUUCAGUGGAGCACUGCCCAGGAAUGCCCAACCCCUCACAAAUGCGUGUCCCCGAGUGUCUUUUGGGUUGCUGGUGUCUGUGAUGGAGAAGAUCAGAGGGAUUCCAUUUUCCAUCUAAUCUAGCACCCUGCUGUCCCCACAAGUCCCCACUACGCUGGAAAGGGGUGAUGUCUGCUCCCAGUUUCCAUCCUGGCCAGUUGAUGUCUCCAGUCACAGCUCCUCUGUGGCACUGACCUGAAAUUUCAGGGAAACUUGUAAAUAGCUCUUGGGCCUUUCUUGCUGUAAAAGAGGGACUUGGAGCUUAUUCCUUGAGGACCACGGUGAUGGAAAGUGGAUGACAGGAUUUCUUCACCACCAUAAUCCUUUUCUGGUUUUUAGCAAAGACUACCCCACUUGGAGAUGAAAGCCUCCAGUUCUGGCGCAUGGUUUGAGCCUCACUAGCUUUUCCUCUUCUGGGGAUGUAUCUCCCAGGCAAACUCACAGCCAUCCCCAGUAUACACACUGUAUUCACAAGCCAGAAUGUUGCAGCUCGUGGUUGUUCACGGUGCCAGAAGAGCUCCAAAAAAGAGGAAAUAGCUGGGCAUAGUAGCACCUGCCCGUAACGCCGGCAUCCGUGGGAUGCAGCCAGGAAGAUCAGGAGUUCAAGGAUAGACAAAGACUAAGUCAGAUCCCUCUUUAUCUAAAAACAACAAUAAACCAGAAAGCGCAGUUCUGCAGUGAUCACAACAGGACUUGCGUGCAGGCUGCUUAGCUCAUUUCCUGAUAGCUUUUCCUCUCAUUUCCUCCAGCCCUCAUCCCUCAUUUAACAAAUAACUUCAGAACCCGUUGCUGCUGAAUGUAAUUUCCAAACUUAAACCACUAUGAUUCUUGUUCUGUUUCAGUCAAAGCUAGCGCGGUCUUUCUGUUUGUUAAAUACAAAUGUGAGCUUGAAUUAUACCAUCUGUGCCAACUCUAAAGCCAUUAAAGAUUUAUUUUUAU